UGAUGUCGCGAGAUUUGGAGCUCGCGGGAAAACUUGUUUGUGAGUCCGGAGCGGAGGGCGAGCGCGCGGGAAGUUCGAGUGUCGGACCCCGGGAACUCGGGCCGGCAUGAGCCUCUGGGUGGACAAAUACCGGCCCUGCUCUUUGGGACAGCUGGACUAUCACAAGGAGCAGGCGGCCCAGCUGCGCAACCUGGUGCAGUGUGGUGACUUUCCUCAUCUGUUAGUCUAUGGACCAUCAGGUGCUGGAAAAAAGACAAGAAUUAUGUGUAUUCUACGUGAACUUUAUGGUGUGGGAGUGGAAAAAUUGAGAAUUGAACAUCAGACCAUCACAACUCCAUCUAAAAAGAAAAUUGAAAUUAGCACUAUUGCAAGCAAUUACCACCUUGAAGUUAAUCCCAGUGAUGCUGGAAAUAGUGACCGGGUAGUAAUUCAGGAGAUGUUGAAAACAGUGGCACAAUCACAGCAACUUGAAACAAACUCUCAAAAAGAUUUUAAAGUCGUGUUAUUGACAGAAGUUGACAAACUCACUAAAGAUGCUCAGCAUGCCUUGCGCAGAACCAUGGAAAAGUAUAUGUCCACCUGCAGGUUGAUCUUGUGUUGCAAUUCUACAUCAAAAGUGAUACCACCUAUUCGUAGUAGGUGCCUUGCAGUUCGUGUGCCUGCUCCCAGCAUUGAAGAUAUUUGCCAUGUGUUAUCUACUGUGUGCAAGAAGGAAGGUCUAAAUCUUCCUUCACAACUGGCUCGUAGACUUGCAGAGAAGUCCUGCAGAAAUCUCAGAAAAGCCCUGCUUAUGUGUGAAGCCUGCAGAGUGCAACAAUAUCCUUUUACUGCAGAUCAAGAAAUCCCUGAAACAGAUUGGGAGGUGUAUCUGAGGGAGACUGCCAAUGCUAUUGUCAGUCAGCAGACUCCACAGAGGCUCCUUGAAGUUCGUGGGAGACUCUAUGAGCUUCUGACUCAUUGUAUUCCUCCUGAAAUAAUAAUGAAGGGCCUUCUCUCAGAACUUUUACAUAAUUGUGAUGGACAGCUGAAAGGGGAAGUGGCCCAGAUGGCAGCUUACUAUGAACAUCGUCUACAGCUGGGUAGCAAAGCCAUUUAUCACUUGGAAGCAUUUGUGGCCAAAUUUAUGGCACUUUAUAAGAAGUUCAUGGAGGAUGGAUUGGAAGGCAUGAUAUUCUGACAUCUAUCAGUAAUUCUUCCUAAUAUUUCUCAGUAUCAGCAUUUACGUUAAAUUUAUAUUGGAAGAGCUACAGGUAAAAUAAACUAACUUUACUUAAUUAUGUCUUAUUUGUGGUUUUUGUAAUAAUUCCUCUGAAUUAUUAAUCAUUAUUCUGUAGGUUAAAUAAUUGCUCCUGUACUAUUGAAGUGUAUUGAAAGGAUACAACUAGAAACUUUAGAGUCUAGGAACAUGAUUUUAAUUUACUUUAAAAAUUUGUUUUCCAAGUAUGCAGUAUUGAUCCUCUCAUUUCUGUAUACUCUCUCACCUGCUGGAGGAAAUUUACACAUAAGAAAGCAGGGAUUGUUUUCUAUCCUUCAGAUGACCAUUUUUGGCCACAGGUACAUAAAUUUUUGCUUGGUAAGUCAUUAUGUUUAAUCAUUUUUUCCCUCAACCAAGAAUUAUAUUUUUGCAGGAAAUAUAGGAAUUAAUUUUGAAACGUAAUAGCAUGGGUGUGGAGAAAAUUGCACAUACCAUUUCUGUUGAAACUGUAGAAUUCCAGCUUUUAUUUUCAGUGAUUCAGAUAAGCAUGUUUUCAUUAAGUACUUGAAGACUCCUGAAGAAUAUGCAUCACAUAGUUCUGAAGCAAAGGUAUAUUACUGUUGAAAUUACUCUUUGAUUUGAACAAGUAUACUGUUGUAUUAUUGGUCCUGUCCUUUGGAGCAUUUUUUAAUUCAGGAAUUUGGUUCAUGGAACAAAGGGUUUGCUUGACAGAAGUUUAUGACAGGCUCUGUAUAAGAAUAUUAGCAAGACCUGCUCUUUUAGCAGUUGGUGAUAAACAAUCAGGAAGUGUUUGAUUGACAAAGACACAACUACACACACACUGAAAAACCUAAACCUGGGAAACUGUUCAGGUUAAGAUAAAUGAUUGUUGCCUUUUUUAUGGGGUGGCGGGGGGGGGGGGGUACUAGUCAGGUCCCAACUGGAAGUCUCAGUCCUGGGGACUACAUGUUAGGAGGGAUAUUGACAUUCUAACAGAGAACUAGGAAAGUGAGGUUUGGAAGAGCUAAGACUGCUUUAAUUUGGAAAAAAGGGAAGUUAAAAAAUAUGUAUGUUAGGAGGGAUAUUGACAUUCUAACAGAACUAGGAAAGUGAGGUUUGGAAGAGCUACGACUGCUUUAAUUUGGAAAAAAGGGAAGUUAAAAAAUAUGUUAACUCUUCCAGUGUUUAAAAUGAUGCACUUGGAAGUAUGAGUGGUCUUAUAAAUUAUGUUUCCUUAAAGCAGUGCUUCUCAGAGUGGAAUCCCUGGCAUCACCAGCAUCACCUGGGAACUCAGAAAUGCAAACUCUCAGGUCUCAUUCCAAGUCUACUGAAUCAAACGAUCGGGAUAAGCCUCAGCAGUCUUUGUGUUGUACCACCCCUCCAAGUGAUUCUGAUGCACGCCUCAGUUUGAGAACCACUGCUCUAGAGAGGGUAGACUUAGGAUCAAUGGAUGUAGGUUGGAGAGAGGUAUUUUAGUUCCCUAUGAAGAAGAAUUUUUUAACUGCAGCUAUCUUAAUGGUAUGGGAGUCUUGAAAGCUCCUUAGAAACAGCAGGUGUUCAGGUGGAGAACUGAUGAAUAAUGAACUGCUUACUACAUGGUAGGCAUUGCACUGGCUAUGUGUACUAUUUCAUUAUAACCUUACCACUCUGUGAGGUAUUAUCUCUGAGCUAUGAAUAAGAAACUUGAGAUGUAGAGAAAUGAAGUAUAAUUCAUACAAUAAAACAUAUCAUUUUAAGUCUGCAGUUUGAUUUUUGACGAAGGUAUUCAGUGUAACCAUCAUCCCAAUCAAGAUACAGAUUCCAUCACCCUGAAAAGUUUCUUCCAUAUCCCUUUUGCAGUCAGCCCACCCCUACCCCAACUCAAGUGACCGUUGAUCUGCUUCCUGUCAUUAUAGAUUAGUUUUGCCUGUUCAAGAAUUUAGAGUCAAAUACUGUAUGGUCUUUGGUUAAGGCUUCAUUCUCUCAGAAUUAUAACUGACAUUUGUCUAUAUUGUUGCAUAUUUCAUUAAUUUCUUUAAUGUUCAUUGAUCAGUGUAUGUUUAUAUAUACUUUUACAACCCAUUGACUUGUUUAUGGACCUUUGGGUUUCCAGGAUUUGUUUAGUAUGAAUAAAGUUGUUCUGAAUAUU